CCUGUCGGCCUGUCGGCUGCGCAUGCGCACCGUGUCGCCGCUGGCUGUCCGGAGCUAUGGCCGUCGCGAUGCAGACGGACGGUUUCCCGUUCCUCCCGUCGGGCCCGGCGGAGGUAAAUAAGAUGAUAAAGGAGCACGGCGACCUGUUUUCUGACUCCCAGUGUAAAGUCUGCAGCGCUGUCCUCAUUUCUGAGUCUCAGAAGUUGACUCAUUAUCAGAGCAAGAAACACGCCAACAAAGUGCGGCGUUAUCUUUCCAUCCAACAUGAGAAAGAGCCGGCGCUGAAGAAGUUGAAAUCGUCUGACAGUGACUUUAACAACGGGGACACGGACCGGUCGAAGGUGUGUCACGUAUGCAACAUGACCUUCUCCUCUCUGGUGGUGGCCGAGUCCCACUACCAGGGCAAAGUUCACGCCAAGAACCUGAGGCUGAAAACCAUCGGCCCGCAGGCUCCAGUAGCUUCCCAGACACCGCCACCACCAGCUCAGCCGAAGAAGAAACCCGCAGAGGAUUCCAGCAGCGUGCCGGCGUCGGGCAACAACAACAACAACAACCCGGACCGCUUCUGCUCCAUCUGCCAGGCCUCCUUCAACAACCCGCUCAUGGCCCAGCAGCACUAUGUCGGCAAGAAGCACCGAAAACAGAUGACCAAGCUGAAACUGAUGGAGACGUACGGACCCUCCACGGCACCAGCUUCCACACUAAAGGGCUACCCAUGCACCGUCUGCAACAUUGAACUAAACUCUGUGGAGCAGUACCAGUCUCAUAUCAGUGGUGCCAAACAUAAGAACCAAGUGAAGAAAUCAGGUCUGAACGCUGCAGAGAACCAAGACUCGGCAGAACAAUCGUACGUGGGCGACAACAAGUACACAGCCGCAGACGACCAGUACGCCCAGGGGGACGACCAGUACGGCACCGCAGACGACCAGUACACAGCUGGAGACAACCAGUACGCUCCGGAGGACACGGAGUACUCAGAGGAGUACCAGUUUACUUGAGGCCGGGCUGGGGCGGACUGCAGAAUCAGGACUUGGAAUGAAACACAACAACCAGCCCCCACUUUAACAUCAACCUCCAUGGACCUUCAGCUCCCUCAGAGUCUCUUCUCAGUAGGUUUUCCCCUGGAACAGAGGUCCGGAUCCCCCGACGGGACUGAGAACGUUACAGAACGUUUGUUUUCUCCUCGAAUGAAAAAAGCUGCAUUUGUACCCUGCACUCACACCGUGGACAGAAACGUCUCCGAGGGUUCGACUGGCUUCUGUUACGAACACGCGCACUGACUGAAGAACGCUCUCCGUGUCAGACCACAUCAGGGCUGAUGUGUGUCGAUAUAAUAUAAACAUGUUCCUCUGUAAAACCCCUUCAUCAUGUUCCUGAAGAAGCCAAAGCUUUCACGUGGUAAAGGUUACACUGAGACAGACAAAGGUAUUAUUUAACUGGUAAAUACUACACGAUUACCUAAAUGAGUCCGGCAACACUUGCAGUAACUAUGGUUACCUGGCUGAGAGGUUCAAGGUGUGCAGCUCCUUCCUGUCCCAUCGAUCAUAUUUACAACUGAUCCAAAAAUAACCAUUCUGUUGAUUUGUAAACGUAUUUUAGUUGAACGAUAGCAGCCAGUAUCAAGCUAACUGACUGCACUUAGCACUUCUUGCGACUAGCUUACUUCAAAAUAAAAGUCCACUUGCGUUUCGCCACUUAAAUGCUUUUACUGUGAAGGAAAUGUUCAGUUAGCAGAAACUUAAUACAGCAUUUUGUAUCCAGCAGUUCCCAGGCAUCCUGGAAAAUCUGGAAAUGUAGAGACUAGUUUUCUAGUCAUGGAAGCACUUGGAAAUCGAUUAUAAUGACAAAAAUAAUCUAAGUUUGUUUUAGCCCCUCACUCAGAUAAAGUCUCACCAGAUAUGAAGCAGCGAUCUUUUUGGUGUCAAGCCUAAUUUUUCCGUAGCUUAAUUCUCAGGGAAGCCCGGUGGAAAUGAUGCUCAUAUCUGCAUACACACUUAAAUUCUGACUUAUUCGGUUUCUGGAAGAGGAAUUCUCUUUUAAAAUAAAGUAAAUUCUACUUAAUUUGAACUCGAAUUAGAAGUAAACUUUAGUAAACUCAUCGGAAAACUCGUCUGUGGUCUGGACCCGAAACACCCUGUGGUGGCUGGCUGUUAGGAAGUUGUCUACGAGCCCAACACACAUCUUAAACGUCAGUAUCGUAGACGAUCACGUUCAUUUAAAAUCCUUUCUGUGCUACCAGAGUCGGAUCUGAUACUUGUUCAAUCAGUAUUUAAGUAAAUAGAAAUAUCUGACACAUUGAAAUAACAGCAAAGUUUAAUACUGAAGCCGGUUCAAAACUAUUAUAUUUAUAAACUUAAAUUCUUUGUAUUAUAUUAAUGAAAGUGAAACGUUCUCGCUGUCGGUUGUACAGCAGCGUUACAGAGAGGAAGUUAAAAUAAAUAAAUAAAUGCUAUGUGCUAAGCUAGUUUAUGUUGAAAAAACAACCACAUUAUUAAAUGUUUAAAUUAAAAGAUAAAAGCAACAUAUAUAUAUAUAUAUAUAUAUUAGUCACAUCUUAAGUUAGCUAAUGUUAGCAAAACGCUAGCUAAUUAGCCAGUUAAGCUACAUCAGUUGUUAGUUAACUAGUUGACUAAUGUUAACUAGCUAGCUAACUUACGUAAACCUUUAGCCAGCUAGCUGAUUACUAAUGUUAGCAAAACCGAAGCUAGUUAGCUAGCUAACAAUUGAUGUAGGUUAGCUAGCAUUUUGCUAACAUUAGCUAACUUAAGAUGUGACUAUAUAUAUGUUGCUUUUAUUCUUCUUCUCCGAUGAUCUUUGACGAGUACAGAAGAAGUUCAGUUUUUUUAAGUUACUCAGAAUUAACAUUAUUUAGCGACAGCAGGUACGAUGUUUGUGAAACUGACGAGAAGCUGCUGCUCUGGACGUUGCUAACGAGAAAAAUAAAUUACAAGAAGUUAACCAUCAAAACGUAGCGAUUGAGUGUAUUUCACUGAACUCGAAGCGAAGCUGCUUUCCGGUCCGUGUCUCGAGCUCUUCGGUCCACGUGAAUAUAAUUGGUUUGUAUCUCCAGUGAAUGUAUUUAUUGAAGAACUUCAUUCGACAGGUUUGAUUAUUUCUGUUGUGAAAUCAAACGUUUGCACAACCCGAUCCGUCGGAGUAAUGUAAGGAAGAAAAACAGUACUUAUUUUAAUCCUGUUUUAUUGUUUUUCUUUAUUCUUCUUUUAUAUUAUUUUUAUUUAAAGCCAAAAUCGCUCCAGGAAGUUGUCCUAGUGGUUUUUCAUUGACAUGUUUUCUUCUGUUUAUCGUAGGAACCAGAUUCUGUUUUUAAAGAGAGAGUUCGGGUGUUUUGAAGAGAGUCUUUCUUUUUUUUGGCCGCUAACCGUAGAACGUCUGUUACCCGCCUGUCACUCGAAGUAGCCACGCCCUUAAUUGGCCCUUCUUAAGCCCCGCCCCUUUUAGGGCCUUCCUCCUUUAGUGUACUUAGAUAACAGUUGGUGUGAAUUAGUCUAGAUAGCUAGUGUUUUUUCUAACAUAUAUGUCAAUUUUAUCUUUUAACCAUCUUCAAAAUGUGGUUUUAUUUCCACAUAGAUUAGCUUAGCAUGUAGCAUAUCUAUACAGGACAGGAAAGGAGGAAGUUGACUGAGGCUUGCUCAACUGUUAUUGGAGCACAGAGCUAAAAAGGGCGGGGCUUAGGAAGGGUCAAUUAUCCAUAACUUAAAGCCUUAAUAUAAUUUAAAGGGGUGAGUUUCCCCCGUACAGAGACCAAAAGGCUAUUUGCUAUAAGCUUAUUUCUGCUGUGAAGUUGGACAUUUUAAUAUGGGGCUGGGGUGAGAUUGACUCACUGCUGGAGCCAACCUCUAGUGGCCGUUAGAGGAACUGUAGGUUUUUGUUACUUCAGUGUUUUCAGACGUUGCAGCCUAGUAGCAAUACAGAAGGUUAAUUUAGUGCCAAGAAAGGGCUGUCUGGUGGUAAAGCAGUGAAAAUAAUAUAGUCAACUGACUUUAAAAGCUUCCAAACAAUGUGAAUAAUUACCUCCUACAGCCCCACUGCAAAAUACCCGAACUUUCCCUUUAAUGUUCUCAACAAAAGCUGAUUUUAGUAUUGUAGGAGACAACCUAACAUUUCGAUCUUAUCGUCGUAUUUCUUGUUUCAUUUCCAGGAUGUCUGCAGGAGUUUCACUGCAGGACACUAAAGAGAGAAUGUGAACGCUGGUUUAGAAAACCGUAAAAGAAGGGUUGUUGCCUCAGUUUAGACCCUCUAAUGGAACCAGAAUCUGUCAACAAUAAGCUUUUUGUAGAAGUUGAUGUCAUUUUAUAAAAAUAGAUCUCAGUCUGGACGGUGUAGGAAGAGAUUAAAGGGAUUAUUAUAAGAAAUAUAAAUACUGUCCUCUCAUUUCAAAUGCAGCAGAUCUGCGUCGGCUGUCAGCUAAUGAAAGUUUUGGUAUUGUUUGCCUGGUUUACUGAAGCGUGAAUGAUUUUUAAAUGCUUCUGAGUUGUCCAGAACGGGGCUUUAUAAACUCUAGGAGAGACUUAUAGACGAGCUCUGUAAUUACUGUCAAUAGCAGAGAUUACACUAUUUACCACAGAGUGAUGUCAAACUAGGAAGUGAUGUCAAUAUUAGAAUAAUAACAUGUUUAUAUUUUAGUUUAUUUGUCCUCAUACAGGUUGAAUAUGUUAGUAUUGAAUGUCUUCAACCGUCUGGCGACAGGAAAGAGGUUGUUUUGUUGUUUUUUUGGAUGUAAUUUAUACAAAGAGGGCUCAUACAUAUUGUAUAGGACGUGUAUAAAAGACGAAUGGCCUUUUUUGUUUUCACCCUCAUCGUUUGUGUGCUCGAUGUUUUGUGAUUUCUUUAAGUUGUGUAUAACAGGGACGAAAUGCAGCAAACGUGCAUCAAGUAAAGAAAUGUUUUAAGAGAA